CCGCUGGCGCGUCCCCCGCUUUUUUUCCCCGGGCUCCCCGGCCUUGCGCUUUCCCCCCCGCCUCUCUUUUCCAGCCUCCCCCUCACCACCAUUCCUGACGCCUCCCCUCGGGUCCGCUCCUUUAUUUCCUUCUCGGGCCCUGCUUUCAUUUGUCUUUUUCCUUUUCCGUUUCUUCCCGGACAACUUGCUGCUCGGUGACGCUGCCUUGGCCCGCAGAGACCUAAAGGGCAAGGGAACAAAGUACAAAAUGGAUCCGUACAUCAAAAGGAUGGAUUAAACGAUGAUGAUUUUGAACCUUACUUGAGUCCACAGGCAAGACCCAAUAAUGCAUAUACUGCCAUGUCAGACUCCUACUUACCCAGUUACUACAGCCCCUCCAUUGGCUUUUCUUAUUCUUUGGGUGAAGCUGCUUGGUCUACUGGGGGUGACACAGCCAUGCCCUAUCUAACUUCUUACGGACAGCUGAGCAACGGAGAGCCCCACUUCCUACCAGAUGCAAUGUUUGGGCAACCGGGAGCCCUAGGUAGCACUCCAUUUCUGGGUCAGCAUGGUUUUAAUUUCUUUCCCAGUGGGAUUGACUUCUCAGCGUGGGGAAAUAACAGUUCUCAGGGACAGUCCACACAGAGCUCUGGAUAUAGUAGCAAUUAUGCUUAUGCACCUAGCUCCUUAGGUGGAGCCAUGAUUGAUGGACAGUCAGCUUUUGCCAAUGAGACCCUCAAUAAGGCUCCUGGCAUGAAUACUAUAGACCAAGGGAUGGCAGCACUGAAGCUGGGUAGCACAGAAGUUGCAAGCAGUGUUCCAAAAGUUGUAGGUUCUGCUGUCGGUAGUGGGUCCAUUACUAGCAACAUCGUGGCUUCCAAUAAUUUGCCUCCAGCUACCAUUGCUCCUCCAAAACCAGCAUCUUGGGCUGAUAUUGCUAGCAAGCCUGCAAAACAGCAACCCAAGCUGAAGACCAAGAAUGGCAUUGCAGGUUCAAGUCUUCCACCGCCCCCAAUAAAACAUAACAUGGAUAUUGGAACUUGGGAUAACAAGGGUCCAAUGGCAAAAGCCCCUUCACAGGCUUUGGUUCAGAAUAUAGGUCAGCCAACCCAAGGGUCUCCCCAGCCUGUAGGUCAGCAGGUUAACAACAGCCCACCAGUGGCUCAGGCAUCAGUAGGGCAACAGACGCAGCCAUUGCCUCCACCUCCACCACAGCCUGCCCAGCUCUCAGUUCAGCAACAGGCAGCUCAGCCCACCCGCUGGGUAGCACCUCGGAACCGUGGCAGUGGGUUCGGUCAUAAUGGGGUGGAUGGUAAUGGAGUAGGACAGUCCCAGGCUGGUUCAGGAUCUACUCCUUCAGAGCCACACCCAGUGUUGGAGAAGCUACGGUCCAUUAAUAAUUAUAACCCCAAGGAUUUUGACUGGAAUCUGAAACAUGGCCGGGUUUUCAUCAUCAAGAGCUACUCUGAGGACGAUAUCCACCGUUCCAUUAAGUAUAAUAUCUGGUGCAGCACAGAGCAUGGUAACAAGAGACUGGAUGCUGCUUACCGUUCCAUGAACGGGAAAGGCCCCGUUUACUUACUUUUCAGUGUCAACGGCAGUGGACACUUCUGUGGCGUUGCAGAAAUGAAAUCUGCUGUGGACUACAACACAUGUGCAGGUGUUUGGUCCCAGGACAAAUGGAAGGGUCGUUUUGAUGUUAGAUGGAUUUUUGUGAAGGACGUUCCCAAUAGCCAGCUGCGACACAUUCGCCUAGAGAACAAUGAGAAUAAACCAGUGACCAACUCGAGGGACACUCAGGAAGUGCCUCUGGAAAAAGCUAAGCAGGUGUUGAAAAUCAUAGCCAGCUACAAGCACACCACUUCCAUUUUUGAUGACUUCUCACACUAUGAGAAACGCCAAGAGGAAGAAGAAAGUGUUAAAAAGGAGCGUCAAGGUCGUGGGAAGUAAAAUGCAGUUCUGCACAGACUGCAGCAACGGUUGCAUCUGCAAAUCCUAAGAGGAAAAAAAAUGACCUUGAAGAGAAUUAGGACUUUUUUCUUAAUUUCAUUGACUUCAGAGACGAUUGCAGACUUGCAGUUUAAGUAUUGGAAUUUCACAAAAGACAUAGGACUUAACUGGAAAAUGAAAAAAAAAAAAAAAAAAAAAAAAAAAAAAAAAAA